AGAUAUGAGCACACCACCUACAGGUUUAGCUCCAACAAGCCACCAGCAGCCGCAGCAACCGGCCAUUUCAAAUGCCCAGCAACCACCACCGGCUGCUCCAAAUCCCCAGCAACCACCGCCGGCUGCUGUAAAUUUCCGGCAACCACCACCACCGCUGCUCCAAAUGCCCGGCAACCACCACCUGCUGCUUCUAAUACUCCAGUGCCACCAAUUCCCCCACUACCACCACGGAAAUUAACUACUUCACAAACUUUCCUACGCCGACCACCACUCAAUCUCCCUUGUGAAGAUCUAAUUUCUGUAAGAGAAGACUACAUCGAUACUUGUGUUCCUCUAUACGAAGCUUCAAUUAAUGGAGAUUGGGAAACUGCACACCGCAUCAUCACAAAACGAAAAGAGCUCGUACGAUUUAGCAUCACUGUUAAUGGUGAAACUGCACUUCACAUUGCAACAUCAGCCCAAAACACCAAGUUUGUUGAAGCUAUUGUCGGAUUGAUGGAAGAAGAAGACUUGGAGCUUCAAAAUAAGAGUGGGAAUACAGCUUUGUGUUUGGCAGCUGCAGCUGGAAACCUCCAAAUGACUAAAAUUAUGGUGAAUAAGAACAAGAGCCUGUUGACCAUAGCUGGUAGUCAAAAAAUGAUGCCCCUUUACAUGGCUGCAUUAUUUGGGCACCAUGACACUGUGAGUUAUCUGUAUGAUAAUUCUCAUAAAAUGGAUGGUGAUUUUUGGCACCCUCAAGAUCGAAAUUGGGUCGUUUUAAGAUGCAUUGAGGCUGAUCUUUUUGAUAUCGCACUGAAGAUAUUGGUUGACCUUCCAGAACUUGCAAAAAGUGGGAGUUUACUUGGAGUUUUGGCUCGAAAGCCUUAUGCCUUCGAGGUUAAAAAACCGCAUUUUUAUAAAAAAAUCUUCAACUCAAUUCGUGUGAAGAGGGGACCUAAAGAAAAGGAAACUGACGCCAUGAAGUUACUAAAACUGAAUUGGAAAAAUAUUAUGAAACUGCCUACAGUUGACGUUGAUAACUUACUCAGAGGCCCCAAAGACAUGAUCAUGAAAGAUGGAAAGUCAAUCCUACAGCUUGACAAGAAUGGCAAUCCAACGUAUUCUUCUAGAAUACUGUUUGUUGCUGCAGAAAUGGGGAACACUAAAUUUGUGGUGGAGCUUAUUCGGUUAUAUCCUGAUCUUAUAUGGAAGCAAAAUGAUAAUAGCCAAAGCAUUCAUGUUGCUGUCUCUCAUCGUCAUGAGAGCAUCUACAAUUUAUUAUAUGAGAUAGGCUCAAUGAAGGAUCAGAUAACUCCUCUUAAAGAUUCAGACGGAAAUAAUAUGCUUCAUUUGGUUGGGAAGUAUGCACCUAAAAACCGACUUCAGGAUGUCACAGGUGUCGCUUUUCAGAUGCAACGAGAAUUAUUGUGGUUCAAGGAAGUAGAGCGUAUGAUCCCACCUUCUUAUAGAGAAAGAAAGAAUACAGCUGGCUUAACACCACGUGAGUUAUUCACCAAGAACCAUAAAGAUCUAGUUUCCAAAGGUGAAGAUUGGAUGAAAGGAACAGCUAAUCAGUCCAUGGUGGUUGCUGCACUUAUCGCCACCAUAGUCUUUGGAGUUGCUUUUGCAAUUCCUGGUGGGUAUGACCAAAACACUGGUUAUCCUAUGUUUAUGAAAAAAGAAAUCUUCAUUGCAUUUGUCAUAUCAGAUGCUAUCUCUUUAAUCUUCUCUGCAGUCAUCCUCAUGUUCUUAUCCAUUCUAACAUCUCGUUAUGCUGAACAAGAUUUCUUAAUAUCAUUACCCCAAAAACUCAUGAUGGGUCUAGCAACACUUUUCCUUUCUAUAAUGACCAUGAUGAUUGCUUUUAGCUUCAGCUUUUUUGUGCUUUAUAAGGACCACUUGAUAUGGGUGCCAAUCCUUAUCAGUGUAGUUGCUGCUAUACCGGUCAUUAUGUAUGAACUGCAGUAUCCUCUUCUGGUGGAUGUAUAUGGCUCAAUAUAUGUUCUAGGUAUAUCUUUAAGCCGAAGAAAACGUAUGCUUUACAAUCAGCAGCCAAAGUUCUAAAUCUUGUAUUUGUGUAUAGUCUUGAACAUAAAGCUCCAUUUACAGUUUUUCUUUCAAAGAUAUUUAUAUAUAGAAACUUCGGUGAAGUGUACGGGAGCAAUUUUGUUCUUUUUCUUUGUAAAGUUGAUUUCAGCAAUGCAGUGGUAACAUGGUCCUUUUUUUUUUU